AUGGAUGUAUGGUUAGCAAAACUUAAAAAUUUAUCUUUUAUAAAUGAAGCAGAUAAACAACUUUCAAUAUGUAUCGAUGCUACUUUAAUUAUUUUUUUAGCCAAUGCUUGCCCAAAUCUUAAAGACAUUCAAUUUAAAUUUUCUUCAAAGGCUCGUCCUGAUAAACCUUGGAAAUUACCUUUGAAUCUUUUAAGUGAUAGAUUGAUUCGUAUCAAUCUAACCACUUAUGAACAUGUAGUUAAUGAUGUUGAUGCUCUUGAUGAUUUUGACAAAGUUGAAAACAUUAAAAAUGAAGUAUCAACUCCUCAGAACUUUGCUCGAAGUAUUGCAAAUUUAUUCACCACUAGUUCUAAACCAAAACAAAUUAAUUUUAAUAAUAAUGAUGUCAAUAAUAAUUUUGAUGCAUUGUGCGAAGCUGUGCUUCCCGAUCCAUCAGAAAUUGCUAUCUUAUUUGGCAAAUAUUGUAAAAAUUUAAGAAAAUUUGAUUUAGAAGCUCUUCAAUGUCCUCCAAUUUCUUAUUCAGCAAUGUCUUUUAUGUUUGAUAAUUGUUUAAAGUUAGAAAAGAUUGAUGCACCUAUUUCUGGUGAGGUAUUAAAUAUAAUUCAUACUUCUAAAUCAUUAAAAUCAAUUUCCUUUAAUGAUAUUGUUCAAGGACAAUCUUUAAAAGCAACUUUUAAAAUGAAUAAUCUUCAAAGUCUUGUUUUUUUGAAGAUUGAUGGUUCUUGUAACCUUUCAUUUCUUGAAAUGUUUCCAAAUCUUCAAUAUAUACAAAUCUGGGAUUUUCCUUCUUUCAACUAUGAAUCUUUUAGGAGAAUUAGUCAAACUUCUAUUAAACAAUUGGACCUUUUAAAACCUUCAAACAUUUCCGAUGAAGUUUUAACAAUAUUCGUUUCGAUGACUAAGUUAAUUAAUUUCACUAUAUGUGAUAGACUGCCAAAUGUUACCCAAGAUGGUUGGUUAUCAUUUGUGAAUCGACCGACUGGAUGUCCAUCAUGGGUUGAUCUUUCAAUAGGUGAUGGUAGAAAAGUUAGUACUGAAUUUUUUGAGAUUUUAAACAAGAAUCAUAAAAAUUUGGAAGCUUUAGUUGUUAGAGGGUUAACUGGUGAAAAUCUGGAUGACUCAGUAAUGCAAAAAUUAAAAUUUAAGGGUGCUUGGAAUCAUUGUAAAAGAAGUUCUCAUUUACAUUUACAUUGGCCUAAACAAGAAAAAAGAACUAAUAUUGUUGAAAUAUGUAGUUAUAAGAGUUAUUAA